AAGCACGGAAUGAUACUGCACAUAUAGUUCAGAACUUGUCUACUGCGUUAUGAAAUGUCCAAAAUCUUUUAAUUUAGAUGCUGAGAAUACUGGGGUUGGUUGUCCUUGUUGUCUUUAUUCAAUAUUGUGAAGGUGGUAGGGGUCGUGGUGGUCAUGGCGGUCGUGAAAAUCGUGGUCGUCUUGGAGGUAAUCGCGGUCGUGGUGAUCGUGGUCGUGGACAUAUGCGUAUGCAACCUGUAGCCUUCACAGCAAGAAUGUCUGAAAAUGCCACGGAUAUUCAACCUGAUGACAAAAUACCCUAUACAACGAGUGUCGUUAACGUUGGUAAUGUUUAUCAAAAUAAUUUCUUCACUGCGCCAAAGUCCGGAGUCUAUUUCUUCACGUGGAGUGUUACAUCGCUUCUAGAAUUCCCAGUUGACACAGCAUUAGUGAAAAACAACGCUACAAUAGCCAUUCUCUCUUGUCAUCAGUUUUCUACAACUGGGAAGAGAAACACUUGUUCCCAGUCCACUCAUGUCCAACUAACGUCUGGCGAUAAAGUUUGGGUCAAAGCAACCGAAGCAAUGGACUUUGUGAGCGGGUCGUACUGGCCCUCGUUUUCUGGAUUUAAAUUAUGAAAAAGAUUUGCAAUUAAAAUAUUUUUUUUGUAUUUUAUCAUUAAACCUAAAAUGCCAAAUACUGUCGAGACUUGUACCUUCAUAAUAAAAGCAUACGAAAAGAU